GUGACCUGCGCUCGCGGUGCGUCUGGUGCGUCCGCCCCAAACUCUCCGCGCGGCUGCCCACCCGCCCCGACGCGACCCGCGUCUCCGGCCCAAUCCCGGUAGGGAGUGGCUGGCGCGAUGGAGGGAACCCCGCGCCGAGAACCCCAGGCCUGAGUCGGGGUGAUGCUGAAGAUGCUGACCUUCUUCCAAGGACUCCCAGGCCAGCAGCCUGUGUCCGGGGCCCCUGACUUCCCCAGAAGUGCCCAGAAGUUGCCCUCUACCUCAGAGGCAGAGUCUGAGGCCUCCAUGUCGGAGGCCUCCUCCGAGGACCUAGUGCCAUCCCUGGAGGUUGAGGCGGCCGCGGACAGGGAUGAAGACGAGGCCGGCAAGAAGAAGAAGAAGUCGAAAGGCCUGGCAACCAUGUUCAGCGUCUUCACCAAAGGGAGGAAGAAGAAGGGUCAGCCCAGCUUAGCAGAGACUGAGGGCGAGCCUGAGCCCAGUCCGCGGCCGCCUGCCCAGCUGCCCACAGUGGAGGAGCUCAAGGCCGACCUGGAGCGCGGGCGGCUGGAGGCGGCGGGGCCGCUGCUGGCGCUGGAGCUGGAGCUGCAGGAGGCCGCGGCGGGCCUCGCGAGCGAGGAGGAGCUGGUGCGGCGCCAGAGCAAGGUGGAGGCGCUGUAUGCGCUGCUGCGUGACCAGGUGCUAGGGCUGCUGCGCCGGCCGCUGGAAGCGGCGCCCGAGCGGCUGCGCCAGGCGCUGGCCGUGCUGGCCGAGCAGGAGCGCCAGGACCGCGCGGCGGCGGCGGCGGGGCCCCCGGGGUGCCCGGGGCUGGCGGCCACGCGGCCCCGAGGCUGGCUGCAGCUGUGGCGGGACGGCGUGGCGCAGGCGGCCGCGGAGCGCCUGAGCCGGCGGCCGCCCGCGGACGCCGAGGGCCGCACGGAGGCCGAGCGCGCCUUCCUGCACAUGGGCCGCACCAUGAAGGAGGACCUGGAGGCCGUGGUGGAGCGCCUCAAGCCGCUCUUCCCCGCCGACUUCCACGUGGUGGCCGCCUACGCCGAGAGCUACCACGCGGAAUUCGCGGCCCAGCUGGCGGCCCUGACGCAGUUCGAGCUGUGCCCGAGAGACACCUCCAUGCUGCUGCUCUGGGUGCAGAACCUCUACCCCAAUGACAUCCUCAACAGCCCCAAGCUGUCACCCGAGCUGCAGGGAGUCAGACUGGGGACCCUCCUGCCUCAGACCCAGAUCCGGCUGCUAGAGGCCACGUUCCUCUCCAACGAGGUGGCCAGCAUAAGGGAGCUGACAGCCCGAGCUCUGGAGCUGGAGUCGGAGCGCUGGACCAAGGAUGAGGCCCCACAGAGGCUGGACGGCCGCUGCCACAGUGAGCUGGCCAUCGACAUCAUCCAGAUCAUUUCCCAGGGCCAGGACAAGGCCGAGAGCAUCACCCUGGACCUGGGCACGCAGAUAAAGCCCUUGCUGUUGGAAGAGCUGGCCAGGUUCCUCAGGAGCUACCAGCGCGCCUUUGAUGACUUUCUGGAGCGAUGCAGACAGCUGCGAAAUUACAGGGCCAAUGUCAUCGCUAACAUCAACAACUGCUGCCCUUUCCAAACGUCUGUGGAGCAGAGGUGGCAGACACCACCAGACCUCCGGAGCUCCCUGCUGAGGCCCCUGAAUGAGCUAAAAAGCCAUGGCUUUGACACUCUGCUCCAGAGCCUGUUUGGGGACCUGAAGCCGCUGUUCAAGAAGUUCACGCAGACCCGCUGGGCUGCCCCCCAGCAGAUCCUGGAGGAAAUUGUCUCUGCCGUGGCCGAGAGGAUGCCUGAGUUCUCAGAGCUGCAGGACUGCUUCCGAGAGGAGCUGCUGGAGGCGGUCCACCUGCACCUGGUAAAGGAGUACAUCACCCGCCUCUGCAAGCGGCGCCUGGUCCUCAAGACGGCGGAGCAGCAGCAGCAGCUGGCGGGGCUCGUCCAGGCCAACGCCCAGCACAUCCAGCAGUUCUGCGCCCAGAACGGCUCCCCGGCCACCUGGCUGCACCACGCCCUCCCCACGCUUGCCGAGAUCAUUCGCCUGCAAGACCCCAGUGCCAUCAAGAUCGAGGUGGCCACGUAUGCCACCUUGUACCCUGACUUCAGCAAGGGCCACCUGAGUGCCAUCCUGGCCAUCAAGGGGAACCUGUCCAGCAGUGACGCCAAGAGCAUCCGCAGCAUUCUAGACAUCAACACGGGGGCACACGAGCCCUCCAAGGCUCUAUUUUCGCUUAUAAAGGUUGGUUAGCUUUUUCUGUGGCCUGACCUCCUUAGGAGUGCCUGGCGAGCAUGGGAUACCACUCCGUUUGGGGGCCGUCAGACCAGCACCAGCAUCACAGCCCCAGGCAGCCCCUCUGGGAGUCCUGACUUCUGCUGCUGCUUCUGCCCAGGCCUGGCCGAGGUGUGGGCCCCUGGGCCGCUGGAACUGGAUAAGCCAUGAUGUGUUGACCCCCCCUCCUGUGGGGCAGGAGCCGUGAGGGGAAGCUCUGUGAAUGAGAGUGGAGUUGCAUGCCCUUAAAGAGGGGUCAGGAGGGUGUGUGGCUCAGGGACCCAGCUCCGGGAUCACCGCCUGUCCACGAGGUCCUGCCACACCUGCCUGAGGACCGCCCUGCUCAGGCUGGGCCUCUGGCCUCCCCAGCUCCUGAGCGGGCCCGAGCCUCACCCCUCCUGCCUGCUCUGGUCCAGGGCUGCGUCGAGCCGUCCUCAGCCUGUGAGUAGAGCAGAAGGAAGAUCUGGAGGAGAAAGGGGAAGAUGAGCUCCUGUCUGGGAAGGUGUGGGGGGGGACUGGAAAAGGGCCUCUGGGAGGACAGGGCAAGUGGGGCAAAGCCAGUGUCCGAGCCCCCGACCCCUCUCAUUCCCCUCGGUGUCCCCUGAGGAUGGGCCUGGGAGGGCCAGGACCUGCUGGGUUUUCUCGGGCUCUGCCUCCCCCGACAAGGGGCCGACCCAGGGAUGCCUCUGUGGCUCCUCCCUGGAAGUCAGGCUGAGGUCGGGGCAGGAAUAUCUUGACCUCUGACCCCUUGGCCUCUGGGUCAGUUCCCUGUUGCCAAUCUAACAAACUUCCACAGUUUGGGAGCCUAAAACAAGAACUUGCUUUCAGUUCUGGAGGUCAGCAGUCUGACGUGGGUGUGGUGGGCUGAGGCAGGCGGUUCCUCUGGAAACUCUGGCAGGGAAGUGCCUUGCUUUUUCGUCUUUAGAGGCCAGCCUCCCAAGUUUCUUGGCUCGUGGCCCCCUUCCAUUUCCAAAACCAGCAACGGCCUGUCAAAUCCCUUUUGCAUCUCAGCACUGCCCUCCUACUUGCCCCUGGUGGUGACCUUUAACCCACCAAUGACCUUUGACCGGCCCAGGCACUCCAGGAUCCUCUUCUGAUGUUAAGGUCAGCUGAUUAUUAAUUCCACCUGACAGCCUUAAAUCCUCUGCCGUGGAAACUAACAUAGUCAGUGGCCCAGGGGUUAGGAUGUGAGCAUCUUUAUGGGGUGGACAUUAUUUUGCCCACCACAGCCUUCACCCAUCCCCUGCCCUGUGGAGUGCCUUAUCCUCCCCAGGAAAGCAAAGGUUCACUCACCCUCCUCGGCCUGGGGCAGUUGAGACUCAGGCGUGACCCACCCUGCCUGUGCCUGCGGGAACGCCCCUCUGUGACUGGGUUUGUAGCCGGCUCUCUUGGACUCGUCCCCCUCUUUCCAGGUACUGUGGCCAGAAAUUGGCCCGUGUAAAUGGUUCACGAAGGCCUUUGUACAUUUGUAGAAGUUUGCAGGUUUGAGGUUAUU